AUGGGGCUGCUGAGGGGCCUGCUUGGAGCCCGCAACCUACUCCUGGUCAUCCUGGUCCCGCUCCUGCUGCUGCCUUUGCCCAUCCUGCACCCCACAAGUGAGGCCGCAUGUGCUUAUGUGCUGAUCGUCACCGCCACGUACUGGGUGUCUGAGGCCGUGCCUCUCGGAGCUGCAGCCCUGGUGCCCGCCUUUCUGUACCCGUUCUUCGGAGUCCUUCGGUCCAGUGAGGUUUCCAAUGGCCAAUUCAGAAUUGAGUUCUGGAUAAGGAGCUCCCAUGGAGGUGAUCUUGAUCUUGUGAACACCAACCACUAUUGCCCUCUGCUGCUGCACCUGUAUCUCAGGCUGCUGCUCUGCUUCAUGUGCUGCACCACGAUGCUGUCCAUGUGGCUGUCCAACACCUCCACCACCGCCAUGGUCAUGCCCAUCGUGGAGGCCGUGCUGCAGGGGCUGGUGGGCACCGAGGAGGAGCAGCUCGUGGCCGGGAGCACCAGCACCGAGGAGGCCGAGCCCAUCAGUCUGGAUGAAAACAACAGCCAACCUUCUCUGGAACUCAUCUUUGUCAAUGAAGAUGCUCAGUGGCACUUCUCCAGACCCUGGGCUCACCACAUCCACUUUCUGACCCUGAGAUGGUGCCCUUUGUCCCCACAGAACCUGAACGGUGUGGCUGUGAUCACCAACCCUGUCCAAACAGCAACCCCCCGGGGCAAGAAGCAGCAUGCGUCCCAGGAGAAGCCACGGGUCCUGACCCGCAGCUCCAGGAACCAGGAAUUGAGCAAAAAGUACAGGUCCCAGCACGACCAAAUGAUCUGCAAGUGCCUGUCCCUGAGCGUCUCCUACGCCGCGACCAUCGGGGGCCUGACCACCAUCAUCGGCACCUCCACCAGCCUCAUCUUCCUGGAACACUUCAACAACCAGUACCCGGCCGCAGAGGUGGUCAACUUCGGCACCUGGUUCCUCUUCAGCUUCCCCAUCUCCCUCAUCAUGCUGGUGGUCAGCUGGUUCUGGAUGCACUGGCUGUUCCUCGGCUGCAAUUUUAAAGAGACCUGCUCUCUGAGCAAGAAGAAGAAGACCAAAAGGGAAGAGCUGUCAGAGCAGCGGAUCCAGGAGGAGUAUGAAAAGCUGGGUGACAUCAGCUACCCUGAGAUGGUGACUGGGUUCUUCUUCAUCCUGAUGAUGGUGCUGUGGUUCACCAGGGAGCCUGGCUUUGUCCCGGGCUGGGAUUCCUUCUUUGAGAAGAAAGGCUACCGCACGGAUGCCACGGUCUCCGUCUUCCUCGGCUUCCUGCUCUUCCUGAUUCCAGCCAAGAAGCCGUGCUUUGGAAAGAAGGGUGAUGGGGAGCCCCAGGAGCCCUUGCUGGGGACAGAGCCCAUCAUCACGUGGCAGGACUUCCAGAAGACCAUGCCCUGGGAGAUCGUCAUCCUGGUGGGAGGGGGCUAUGCCCUGGCCUCGGGCAGCAAGUCUGAAACGUUGCACAUUAACCCGCUCUACACCCUGAUCCCUGUCACCAUGUGCAUCUCCUUCGCAGUGAUGCUGCCUGUGGGCAAUCCCCCCAACGCCAUCGUCUUCAGUUACGGGCACUGCCAGAUCAAAGACAUGGUGAAAGCUGGCCUGGGCGUCAAUGUCAUUGGCCUGGUGAUCGUGAUGGUGGCCAUCAACACCUGGGGAAUUAGCCUCUUCCGCCUAGACACGUUUCCAGCCUGGGCUAAGGCCAGUAACAUCACUGACCGGGCCUGA